UUAAAACUUGGGUGGGAUUGAGUAACUUAACCUAGCUAGCGUUGUUGUAGCUGUGUUAUAAACACGUUGACCUAUUUAGACUCAGUCCUGGUUAAGUUAGCUAGGUUAACUAGCGCGCUGUGAGGCUAUCUGAUCUGGAGGUAACGCGUCUACACUCCCGUAACUCGGUUUAUUUAACUUCCUUAAGAAACCUCGUUCUCUGGCUUUAGGAUUUUUCCAUGCAGUUAGUUUCAGCUUCAAGGAAGUGGACGCUGUUCGGUCGUUUCACAUAUAAACGAUGAAGACUAUAGGAUGCGUACCUGAUAAACAACAAAACCUCCAGACUUCACCAGUCCUCAGUCUGGGACAGCAGGUAAAAUGCUGGCAUAGGCACACAUGAGGUUUAGCUAAAAUAAUAGUUAUUUUUAUUAGCAACAUUUCUCAAAUGAUUUCUUAUUUCAAAUGUUGUAGUUUCUCAUGAAGCAUUUUCCUGGAAUUAACUGAAGAUAAUUUUGAGACAGCCAAUAAGAAAUAUAAGUAGCUUGUUAACUUGUCAAAGAAUGGAAAUUUUUACCUAUUGUCAGUAUAGCUGUUAAAAAUGAUCUUGUUUUUCUAGAAGAAUUAGAUGUCACACACAAACAACAAUGGCCCCAAAAUUCAACCCUGUGGGACAAGGUUGUACACUGGCUUGGCUUUUCAAUGACUUUUCAAUAGUGGUGUAAUUAUUGCCUGAUGUUUUGAAUACAUGUAAUUGAAUAAAACAAUGAUGUAACUAGUUGCUUUCCACUUGGAUGUGUUUUCAUAUUUUUCUUUUUGCAGCUGCAAUAAUGAACAGGCUUCUUAUAUGACAUUUUGAGAGCUCAUCUACAGAUGUCUAUGAGGUCAUAUGUUGGCAUCCUCAGCACAGAUGUCUCGUGAUUUAGCCCCAGGUUCAGAGGUAAGGCAGACGGUGAAGGCUCACUUGUUGGCAUCUCAGAAGCUCCUGGUGGAUUCCAUGUAUAAUCUGGCCCCGCUGCUGGACUGCAUGCUGUCCACUGAGCUUUUGUCCCAGGAUAACUACCACGAGAUAAAGGCUGAAAAGACCCCGCAAAACAGGGCCCGCAAACUACUGGAGAUUGUCCAAGCUCAGAUGGACGAAAGCGAGGCCAGGCGCUUUCUGGAGUGUCUGAAAGAAUGCAAGCAGCAAUACCCACGACUGCGCAACUGGCUCUCAUCUGAAACAGGAAUCCUGAGUGGACAAACAGAUAUGUCUUUCCAGACUGGAAGCUCUUCCACUGAGCGAAGGUUACAGGCGCAGUUUUAUUCUCUGUGUGGUCGCCUGGGCUCCUCCGUGCUCCCCAUCUCUCUGGCCCUCUUCUCCAGCAGCACCCUGACCCAGUUUGACCUUGAGCGGAUUCAAGCUGCUCCAACCCCAACCCAGCAGACUCAGACCCUGUUGUGUAUUUGUCUGACUAAAGGAGAGAAUGCAUGCAGGAGCUUCUAUGAGGCUCUACACAAUGAGGACGAGCAGUUAGCAGAGGAUAUGAAUGUAACUAGUAUGGUGGAGGGUCUUUCCAUUAGCAGUAAAGCCAGGUCUGAAUCCAGCAAUGUUCCCAUAGCAGUGGAGGAGACCAGAGAUACAGCAGAAGGACAUCUGCCUUACUCAGAGGUUCGGCUCUCUGAGAGGGGCUGCUUAUCCCUGAAGUUGCUCCAGGAGGCUGAAGCUAUCCUGCGCAGCGGCUGCCACAGCCACUUGCACAAGUGGGACCAUCUACAUGAUCAAGAUCACCUGCAUGGGCUGGACCAGCUGCAUGUAACAGACUGCAGGGAACAGUGCAGGGUGUGGACAGUCUUUAGCUUUCUGCUGUGGGACUGCCUGGUUGAAGCUCUGGAGGAGCCUGAGCUAAAGCCCAGUGGUGACAGUAAGGGCCGUAGCCUGACUGGUGCACUGCAGUGUCUGCGGGGUUGUGAGAGAGUGGAGGCAGAUCUACUACAGGAGCUGGAGCUGUGCUGGGAGGAAGGAGGGGCUGAGAACCUUUUACAAAGCAUCAGAGUUCUGGCCCAGAUCCUGAGAGACCUGUACCCUUUUCAAGAUCAUUUCAAGCUUUCAGGACCUUCUGUGGAAGGACUGUACAGCUGUCGGUUUAGUAGGAUCCACAGGGUCACUUCAUUCCAGGGCAUUUCAGCCAGGAUGAUCAAGAAAGCCCUGAACAGUGUUGGCCCUGUCUCAUCACACAGAGACUUGACACAUCGAGCUCAACAGUACAGGGAUUUGUGUCUUCAAAUUGCACGAUUGCUAAAUACGGUACAGCUAGAACGAAGCUCUGGUGAACUCACGAAUGCACCUAUUACAAAUAUCAUCCAGCACAUCUGUCUUACACUUUCAAAACCGUCUUUUAACUCUAGAGCCUUUAACGCAGGAAUUCGUCACCGCUUACUCACUCUAACAGAGUUUAUUCCUACACAGCUGUGCCUGGGCACCCUGAUGCAGCUGCAUCAGGAGACCCUGUCAGAACUUCAGCUCUACCUUCAGCGAGGAGAGCACCACAACUUCCAGUUUGACCCCCAAUCUGUUCAAAUUCUCGGACUGGCGCGUCUGCUUUCAGUCAGCAGUGCCCGGGGACCAACAGCCAUCGACAACGGGGUGGAGGAGGACUUCCGUUUCGUAGCGUCUGAGGCAACUUCCUUCCUGGUGCGGCUUCGCUGUCUUGGCUAUGAGGAAAUUAAAGGGUUCUUCGAGGUUAGUGAGCCACGCUGUUUCUUGGCCUCACAGCUAGGGGAGAAUGGACAUCAUGCCAUUCGCUGGCUAGGAGACGUUCUGGCAGAGGAAGAAAACAAAAUAUGGAUAAGAGAAGGAGGCACAGGAUGGAGGGAAGAACUGGAGACUGUGGCAAGAAGACAUUCCAUUCAGCUCUGCAAUGAGGGCUGCCUCUUCAGGGUCACGACCUCCCAGGAAGAGUGUGAGGUCAAGUUCAUGUACAGGGCUGGUAGGCUAUGGGCUACAGCACAGAAGGACUGUGAAGUGCUUUGAGAUUGGGAAAUUUUAAGCAGUGAUGUGAUAGUCAUUUUCAAAUUACACACCAUAAUGUGGCCUCCUUUACACAUUUAAAAAAAAAAAAAACACCCUACUCCAUGCAGAUAUUUUUCCUGAAAUUGGGCCAAUAUGUGUGUUAACACGCACUCAAUAACAAAAUAUAUUUUUAUGCAUCUGAGUAUUCCAGAAGUCAGUCAAACAACAUACCCUCAUUUCUUAGGCCUAGAUUUGAGUGCUGGAGUUUAGACUACUCAUAUGCAAAUGAAAUGUAGCCAGAUACUUAUCAAAAAAUAAAGCAUGUUUCUGUCUGAAGGGCAGCAGAGUGUGCAGUAAAGACCAUUUAAAUGAUGAUCCGUGUUUGCUGAUUAAAUGAGUCCAGGUAAAUGCUCUUAUUGAAAACGAGACAUUUGGUCUUGGGUUGAUGGCUGGCCACAUAGGGAGUGUUUAGGGUUUAGAAAUAAGUGUGCACCGCCUCCUGCUGGCCAGAGCUUAAAUAACCCUAGUCAUAAUGUAAAAAUACACUCCGCUAUUUCACAAUUUGACAUUCAUACAUUUUAAACACGUUUCAUUUUUAUGCAUGUUUUUUGCAUUACUUACUAAUAAAACUACACUGGGAGCAGUGUGGUGCAUGACACAAAGGUGCUGAAAAUGAUGCUGUUUAGUGCUUGUUGGCAAACUUUGGUGUUCAAAAGUGCAUCUAUAUUAGAUAACGUACUGUCCUUAGGGUUCUGAAUUGUAAGAUCACAAUUUAUUUGCUGCAUCGUUAUACCCCUACUUUACAGCAAUAAAAUAUAAUGACUGGAAAAAAAAAUGGACACGCUCUGUUUUAUAUUUUUGGGCUGUAUUAUAUUACUAUAUCAGUAGUAUGAAAGGAAGGCAGUGUUCACUAAUCACUAAACUUCAGUAUGGCUGCUAAUCAUAGCUAGGUAACAUAACUAGUGUGAGCUUCAUGUCUGGGGAGGAGCAGGAGAACAGAAAACUCUAUCCAGUGUUUUUAAAUUGGACCUUUUUUAGCCAUUUUAGACACUUGCUCCAUUUAUUACCAAUUGUUCUCAUUUGUUGCGAGCAUAUUAAAGGAACUUUAGUUCAAA